AUGUUAUCCGCAUUCACCGCGCGGCCGCUGGUCGAGCUCAAGCUGCGCGACAAAUCCAAAAUCGAAUCCGUCCUCGCAUACGGCGACCGCCUCCUCGCCGGCCUCAACAACGGCAGCCUCCGCAUCUACCGCGUAACAGACGAUGGCAAGACCGAGUUACUACGAGAGGUGGAAAAAUUCGCCCGGUACAAGAUUGAGCAGCUUGCACUCGUGAAGGAGGCUAAGGUACUGGUCUCGCUGUCGGGUGGAUAUGUCAGUUUGCAUGAUUCACAGACGUACGAGUUGCAGGAGCAGUUGACUGCGACGAAAGGCGCUUCUACGUUUGCAAUUACGUCUAAUGUUGUGAAUGAUCCUGACACUAAUGUUCCGGCGAUCGUGUCGCGGGUUUCGGUCGCUGUGAAGAGGAAGAUUUUGAUGUGGGUUUGGCGCGAUAUGGAGCUGGAGCCGGAUACUAUGGAAUUGAGUCUGGCUAGCGCUAUCAAGACGUUGACUUGGGUUUCUGCGACAAGGAUGGUUGUCGGACUGGGUUCGAGCUUUGUCAUGGCUGAUAUUGAGUCGGGCCAAGUCACGGAGUUACCGGGGCCGGGCAGCAUGGAAGAGACUGGACGGUUUGGAGGUGUCGGUGCUGCGAGUAUGAGCUACAUUGGUAUGGGGGGUAUGGUGCCGCGACCAUUGGCUACGAGGCUGCUGGAAGGUCAGAUCUUGCUGGCCAAAGAUAUCAAUACCCAUUUUAUCGAUGUGGAGGGACAAGCGCUGGGCCGGCGGCAGAUCCCAUGGAGCCAUGCGCCAGUGGAGAUUGGGUACUCAUAUCCAUUUUUACUGGCACUCCAUGAUACAGCGAAGGGAGUGCUGGAGGUGCGCAACCCGGAGACUCUGUCAUUGUUGCAAUCUAUCCCGCUACCUUCGGCAAGCAUACUCCAUAUACCCCAGCCGAAUAUCAGCCUCGCGCAUGCCGGCAAAGGGUUCCUUGUCGGCAGUGAUCGAACUAUCUGGCGCAUGGAGGCCUUGAGCUACGAUACGCAGAUCGACUCUUUGAUUGAGAAGGGUUAUCUCGAUGAGGCAAUCAGUCUACUCGGCAUGCUCGAGGAUGCCCUUCUGCAAGAUAAACCCGGUCGACUACGCAAUGCACAGCUUGAGAAAGCGCAGAGCUUGUUUGCUUUGCGCAAAUAUCGCGACUCGUUGGAUUUGUUUACGGAGGUUGCUGCACCACCAGAGACGGUCAUUCGGCUGUAUCCUCGUUUGAUUGCUGGUGAUCUGUCUGCUGUCCCGGAGCAGAAUGGGCCAGAGGUGAAAGUCAACGGCAAUGGUAAUGAUAACAGUCAUGGAGAUCAGAGUGAUGGAUCAUCUGAGGCAGCACCUGAAACAGUGCCAGCGCCAGUCGGUCAGUCUCUCUACGCGCCUUCAGUUAGAUCACUCCUUCGAAGAACCGAAGAGGGAAGCGAUACUAGCAGCAUCCGUGAGGAGAAAGAUAAAGACAAAGAUCUCAAGAACUCAGUCCGUGAACUGCAGGGCUAUCUGGCAGAUGUUCGCCGACGCUUCCAGCGUUUCUUAGGCCCCGAUGGCUCACUCAAAGUACCCUUCCCGACAGACGCUACGGAUGAAGCAAGUACCUCAGUCUUGAAACUUCUCGACUUCCCAUCCGAGGAAAACUUCUUGACCACGUUACGCGACAAAGCGCGGUUGGUUGAUACAACAUUAUUCCGUGCACACAUGUAUGCAACGCCCUCGCUUGCGGGAUCCCUCUUCCGAAUUGCCAAUUUCUGUGACCCCGACGUGGUCAUGGAACGUCUUGAAGAGACAGGCAGGUACAACGAUCUAAUCGACUUCCUGUACGGCAAGAAGCUACACCAUCAAGCCUUGGAAUUGCUGCAUCGAUUCGGGCAGGAAGAAUCCGGACUCCUGGCCGGUCCAACACGUACUAUUGGUUACUUGCAAAACCUGCCACCUGAUCAGAUCGAUCUUAUCCUGGAGUUUGCUGGCUGGCCAGUCCGUGAGAACCAUGAUCUGGGCAUGGAGAUCUUCCUGGCGGAAACUGAGAAUGCCGAGACGUUACCUCGGUCGCGGGUGCUUGUCUUCUUGGAGCAGAUUGAUCCAAAACUCGCCAUUCGGUAUUUGGAGCAUGUCAUUCACGAGUGGAAUGAUAUGAGUCCGGAUCUGCAUCAGAGACUGUUGAUGUUGUACCUUGACCGGAUUAACGCUGAUAAGACGGACAUGGCAUGCAAGGAUAAGUUUUUGGCUAUGCUUAAGGAGAGUGAGCAGUAUUCUCCUGCAAAGACUUUGGAUCGCUUGAAUCGAGAGGAUCCCGAUUUCUACGAGGCAAGAGCUAUCAUUUUCAGUAAGAUGGGACAGCACCGCCAAGUGCUGGAGAUAUACGUGUUCAAACUAGAGGAUCAUGGAAAGGCAGAAGAGUACUGCAACCAAGUCCAUCUCUCCGAAGGUCCGCCUCAGUCCGAAGAAGAGGAAGAAACCUCCAUCUACCUGACCUUGCUUUCUCUUUACCUCGCACCACCACACGGAUACCAAGCCCAGAAUGGUCCGGCACUGACCAUCCUCGCGAAACACGGGUCUCGGCUGCCGGCAGAGGCAGCGUUGAAACUAAUCCCCGCAACGCUACCAGUGCGCGACCUCGAAUUCUAUUUCAAGGGCAGGAUGCGAGCAGCCAAUUCGGUCUUCAAUGAAGCCCGGAUCGUGGCCAGCCUGCGCAAGGCUCGCGAUAUGCAGGUGCAGGCCCAGCUUGCCCUGGGCGAAGGCGUUUGCGGCGGCGGAACUCGAGCUCGCCAUGUCACCGUCACCGAAGAGCGAAUUUGUGGCGUGUGUCACAAGCGAUUGGGAGGGAGUGUGAUCAAUGUGUUUCCCGACAACACCGUCGUCCAUCUGGGCUGUGCGAAUCGCAUGUCCAGCAUCCGCUCCGGGUAG